UCUUCCUCUUUUCUUACGUGUACGGCCCAGAUCUCCCUUCCUCCCUCCCCCCUCUCUCUCUCUCUGUGUCGAUGAAAAAGUCUGCAAUUUCCGGUUAGCGCAGAAAAGAAAAAGGAAAACCCAAUUUUGAAUGCCGCAGAAAACGAUGGAUUUGUAACACAAAAAUUAAAACCCAAUUCUAAACAAUGGCAGAAAGUGCAGGUGCAGCAGCAGCAGCAGCUUCAUCUCCUAAACCAAUCCCAUCUCCAAAUCCAAUAGACCCAUCGCCACAACCGCCACCACAACAACAGUCACAAACAGCGUUAACAAACCCAAAUUCAAAUGCUUUAACACCGCCUCAGACCCCGUCAACAAAUCCACAACAACAACAAAUCUCUUCUCCUUCUCUCGACCCUCAAAUUUCCUCUUCUCCUCAACAACAACAGAAUGUGAAUGUGACAGGCAUGUCAACUUAUCAAAUUUCGCAAACCCUUCAAAGAUCUCCUUCUAUGUCUCGUUUAACUCAAAUUACCCAACAACAGCAACAACAGCAGAAUCAAUAUGGUAACGUAUUAAGGCAGCAACAACAGCAGCAGCAGCAAGGGCUAUAUGGUCAAGUUAAUUUUAGUGGGUCUGGCUCAAUUCAGCAAAAUUCUCAUCAGAAUCAGCAAUUGUCAAGGUCUGCUCUUUUAGGUCAAAGUGGGCAUCUUCCUAUGCUGACCGGUGCAGGUGCUGUCGCCGCCGCCGCCGCUGCCGCCCAGUUAAAUUUGUUGGCCUCACCGAGGCAGAAAGCUGGUUUAGUCCAAGGGACCCAAUUCCAUCCAGGGAGUUCUCCGGGGCAACCUUUGCAGGGAAUGCAAGCAAUGGGAAUGAUGGGAUCACUAAAUUUGACCUCACAACUAAGGCCUAAUGGCCCUCUCACUUUUGCUCAACAACGGCUCAAUGCUGGACAAAUGAGACAGCAGUUAGCACAGCAAAAUCCACUCACCUCAUCUCAGGUUCCAAACCUAUCAAGGACAUCGUCACUGGCAUUCAUGAACCCUCAGCUCUCUGGGCUGACUCAGAAUGCACAGCCAUCUAUGAUGCAGAACUCUCUGCCACAGCAGCAGUGGCUGAAGCAAAUGACAGGAAUGCCUGGUCCUGCCUCACCUUCACUUCGUCUUCAACAGAGGCAGUCCCAGGUCCUUUUGCAGCAGCAAUUGGCUUCAUCUUCUCAAUUGCACCAGAACUCCAUGACAUUAAAUCCACAACAGCUAUCCCAGCUGGUACAGCAGCAGCCAGCAAUGACACAUCAGCAAUUGCAUCAACAGCAGCAACAACAGCAGCAGCAGCAGCAGCAGCAGCAGCAGCAGAUGCAGCAAAUGCAGCAACAGCAACAACCACAGCAGCAAUUACAACAACAAUUGCCUUUGCAUCAACAGCAGCAACAGCAAUCUCCAAGGAUGCAAGGGCCAACAGGCCAGAAAUCUCUUAGUUUAACAGGAUCUCAACCGGAUGCAACAGCAUCUGGCACGACUACACCAGGGGGAAGUUCAAGCCAAGGAACAGAAGCUACUAAUCAAUUACUUGGGAAAAGAAAGAUACAGGACUUGGUUUCACAGGUGGAUUCACAGGGAAAGGUAGAUCCUGAAGUUGAAGAGCUUCUUUUGGAGAUUGCUGAUGACUUUAUUGAUAAUGUGACUAUGUUCGCAUGCAGUUUGGCCAAGCACCGAAAAUCUUCAACUUUAGAGUCCAAAGAUUUAUUGCUACACUUAGAGAAGAACUGGCAUCUGACAAUUCCUGGAUUUUCAACUGAAGAACGAAAUUUGCAAAGAAAACCUUUAUCCAGUGACCUCCAUAAGAAGCGUCUUGACAUGAUCCGUGCAUUGAGGGAGCCCUCACACUCGGAAACAAAUAAUAACCCUAGAGAGAUGAUCAGACAAGGGCUUGGCAACCCGGUUGUCACUAACCACCUGAUAAGAUCAUCGCCGAGUUCAGAGCAGUUGGUUUCUCAAUCAACCAGUUCUCAAAUGCUGCAGCAGAUCACACGAUUUUAGUGGAUAUUUUUCUCAUUUCUAAUAGAAACUCCAUACUGGUUUGGUGUACUGCGGACCUUCUUGUUUGAAUUGACAGAAGCAUUAGCUGUAGAGGCAGACCUGUAAUUAUUUGGGGAACAGUAGAGACUGAAAGCGGUUGGAAGGAUUGCAGCAGCAAUUAUCUAAUGUGUAGUUAUUAUUGAUGUAUGAUUAUUUGAUCUAGUGCUUAUUACCAUAAGAAUAUGCUUGGUGUAAUUAGUUAUCGAAAAGAGAGGUAUAAUCUUGAGGGGGAGUUGAUGAGCCCAUAAGUUUAGAUCCACCCCCCAGCUCAAGCUCUUCCAGCUUGAAGUGUAAAAUGAAAUUGGAUUUAUUAUUUGUUACAGAAAGCUCGUCUUCUUCA